GAGCAACAGGACAAACCACCGACAAUGACACCUGGAUUUUUGUUGGCGCCCUCUUCAGCUGUGCCUUGCAGCUUUUUCUUCUCCUCCUGCUUUCUUCCCUCUCCCUUCCUCACGGUCCUGGCUUCAUCUCCGUGAUCGCGUCGUUCUGAGCAAGAGCGCCAUCCCGCAUGGGCGCAUUUCCCUUAUCUUAGGUUUGCACCGAUUGAAACGCCGCGGCUGACCAUUGAUUCAUUUACCCCCUCUUUCACGGCCACCACCACCCCCCGGGCAAGGCCUCUUUCCCUGAACGGCCCUCGGCCGCGCAUUUAUUGCUUCAGUGACCGCCAACGAUGGCCUACAACGCCGUUUCCCAGGCCGACCACGAGGUGGCUUCCAACGCGACCGACUCGGACCAUUCCCGCAGUCCUUCACCGCAGCCCCAGCACAAUAAUGGCCUCUUCGAGCAGCUGCCCUUGGAUGCCGACCAUAUCGGGGCGGGCUCCUACCUACAGCCCGCCAAGUCGGCCGAGGACUCUGGCAUCAAAAGAUUGGGCUCCAUGAUCCGGUCCAUGACCUCCACCAGCUAUGAUAUGGUGGAGGAGGAUGACUACGAAAUGCCCGCCGAUCCUUCAGCGAACCACAGUUCCAAUAGUCCCCGUUACGUCCCUCCGCUAAAGACAGUCCCUCAGGCUAGUUCUACGACCACCCCUGAACCGACCCUGCGGACCCCCGUCACCGAUCAACCCGUGCCCCUCAGUCACCCUACCCCCGAUCUCCAGUCGCUGCAAGGUGCCUAUCUCAAUAAUGUAGAGCGGCUCGAGAGGAGCGCCGAACGCAUGAGCCUGAGUUCCAAUAUCGGAAACGAGAUUCGCAAGAUGGACCAAGAACAAAAGCGCCGGUCGUCUAGUUCGGCCUCCAACUCCACCCAUGCCAGCAAUCACGACGGCUUCAGACCGAGUCUGUCGUCCCGUCACGGUUCCAUCCAGUCCGCAUCCCGCUUGGCACAAGUGGCAGAGCAUGCGCCGGCACGGUACUAUGGCGAUUCGAUCCCCCGGGUUCCUGCGAUGCCUUACCUUCCCCCUCCUCCGCCACCCGCCGCGCAUGGCGAACACGACUUUGUCCAGCAGGAUUACUACGACCAAGAGCUGGGCGAAGAGCUCGAAAGAACAUACACGGCUGCUUCGACCGAUACAUACCAACAGGCGCGGGUUCUCUUCAAUGACUUUGAUGGCGUGCAUUAUGUUCCGAAUGAGAAUAAUCUGGCGCGGCGGGUGUCGCUGACAAGGCCGCCCCUGGCCAGUCGAUCCGAAGCCUACAAGGAGCCGCAGACAGGCGAGAAUAUGGUUUACUAUCCUGCUCCGGUGCCAAGGAUGUUAAAUCUGCCACCUCGUUUAUCGCAGAGGAACAGCACGCAACGCGACAAGCGUCGCACGCAGCUCCUUGGUGCAGUCGCUGCUGAAAAUCGCAAGUCGGCGCUGCUUGCUGCCCAAGAUCCAGUCGAUAAUGGCGAGGCAAGACGCAACAAUCAGCCAACAAGCAUCCCCCCGCAGCUGCGCGCAAGUGUCUUCUUCGAUCAGCCAGCUCCCUCUGUUGAUGUAGAGGUCACGCAUGCUUCAGCGGUGGCGACACUAGACAGCAUCCUCGAUGCCUCGACACAUGCCCCCGUCAGUGCCUUCACGGGGCAAGCCGAUUCGAGAGGGUAUGGUCAGGCAUCACGCAAGCUGUCCUCCAGGGACUUAACCGACCAGCGGAAGACGCUCACGGCCGGAAGUAUGCUUGGGUUCGACCAUCACCUUUCCGACCCGGAUCUCAAAGAGAUUCCCCUGACAUCGGGUCGCUUCUAUAACCAAACAGAAGGCGAUGCUGCAGAUGUUCAUGAAGGCACGUCACUACGGGAUGACGCCCAUGAUGGGAUUGGUGGUCCUGUUGGCGCUGGGGACGCUCCUGAAGCCGAUGGAGAAGGGCACAAUCUUGAAGAGCCGGAUGCCGAUUACACCGGGCCACCCAACACGCUACUAGCGGAGCUUGAAUUCAGAAAGAGCCAACUAAAGCAACGACAGCGAACAGCGCCAGAAUCUGCCGGGUUACACUCGACUCUUCUCCAGCUGGAAGCGGUGGCGCAGAAGCAGAGUGAACAUCGACGACAGAGACCCGUUACCUUGGCUUGGGAAGGUCCAGAUGCUCACAACCCGGAAGCCGAGGAUGAUGAUGACGUGCCUCUAGGCAUGUUGUUUCCGGAAAAUGCCAAUGUCGUUAACGAAGUACGUCCAUUGGGGCUGAUGGAGAGAAGGGAGCUGGAGGAGUCCGAGCCCCUAAGUAGGCGUCGUGCCAGGCUCCGAGGUGAUCCCCCACCGCGCAGCCCCGAAAUACGCCCGGUUACCAUGUAUUCGACGGGAGCGCAGGAUACUGUGGAGCCAGAAGAUAGUGGUGACGAAGGAGAAACUUUGGCCCAACGUCUAAAGCGACUGAAAGCCAAAGACCAGCCCAGUGCAGGCUCGGACAGCGAAUUCGCGAAUGAGAUCUUGGCCGAGAUCAACCACGUUGGGGAGGAUGCGGCAACUCAGGAGAAGGAAAUCGCGCCAGAAGAUGAAACUCUAGCCCAGCGGCGCGCUCGCCUCCAGAAGGAGGCUGAGACUGAGGCACGACAGAAUUCCACAUUUAAGAUCCCUCGGUACCGAAGGAGUAUGGCAGACAUCCUUCACGCGCGGCGUCCUACCACAACCGGACGGCAGUCGACGAUUGAUGCUGCAGCACCUCAACCCGGGCAGCAACGCACUCUGGACCAUCGGAUGUCUCUUCAACAGUUUCCGUCGAAAUUUAGUUCCCCGGCUGCAGGAUACCCACCGCAUCAAGGGGCUGCAGGCACCGUUCCUUACGGCCCCGGGAUGGUACACCCCAACACGUUCUACAGCGAUGCGCUACUAGGCAUGAAGCAUCUCAGCUAUGCUGUGCCGAACAAGUCCAAGGUCGUGCGGCCAGUGGUUGAAUCGGGGCAGCGGGAAAUGAUCGACCGUUGGCGACAGAGCAUCGUCUAGACCCUUUACGAUCACCUCCUUAUUCCUGUUCUCGUUGCUUUGGGCGUUUCUCUGAAAGAUUUCUUCUUGUCUGUUUGGUCAAUUACUUGCGCGGUAUAUCUACCAGGUUUAGCGUAUCUUGUUGUAUCUUGUUAGCAUAGGGGCGAGGAAGCAUAAGUUUCAAAUUAGCGAACUUUUCUAGUCUAGGUUGUCUGGUAGCAUGCAGGUCUUACCAUUUUCACCCCGUCAUAGUGAGGAUCUUUGCACGCCCUGGACGAUCGGUGAGCGUUUUGAUUCGAGGGUGCGCUGUAGGUGUAUGCAACCUGGAGAGAUGCCGGUGGAAGGAUCGUCCCUGGGGGAUCCAGAAGAUGGUUGGGGUUAUUCCACGAUUGUCGUCAUUAUUCUUAGUGUUAAUAAUUAAUAUAGUUCUAUUAUUACUUGAG